CUUUAGAGUAGACUAUUGUGAUUUUCACGAAUCCAUAUUGUCACAAUUCAUCAUCGGAGACGAAGAUUAGGUUUACAUUUCGGAAUCUACUUUACCAAGAACGGCGACGUGUAAUAACCAUUCAACGGAUUACAAUUGAUUUAACAAUCUUCCAUCAAGACUUAUCGACGUAACAGACAAGUGACGCAAAUGACUUCGAAUUACAAGUCAGUCUAUAAAAUGUGAAGCCUGAAUGUACAACAUUUUGGUGCAAAUUCAAUACCACAUCCAACAAGAAGUAGAAGUAUGAUGGAACAAAGAUUGAAAGCGGAAAGCUGGUCUAAUAUACGAUCUCAUCGAGUUAAAAUCGAGGUAACAGGAUCAUCGUUUGAACCGAAUGACAUCACUAUCAACAUGCAUGCACAUAACAUUGCUAGCGAUAUCGAAGACAACGUUCAAGUAGACACCGAGGACAAAGAAUGGGAUCAGGAACCGCUGUCUUACAAAAGUUUUUCUUUUUCUACAUUGGCUCAACGAAGUGCGGCGGUGAAGCCAGUACCAAUAUCGGCGGAUACAACACCAAGGACAAGGCGGAAAUCAGUCAAACGUAUCAUUGAAAAAUUCAGUGCAAGCUCGAUCACGGAUCCAUUGCCGACGGAAAAGAAUAACGUGACGACAAACAAGAAAACGCAUAAAGCUGCACCAAAGAGGGAUUCAGUCUAUUUUAAUUUAUACAUGGACGCUAUUGAGCAACGUCUAUUUGACGAAGAGGACAUGAUAGUUUGGACAGUUCAAGAAAGAUUCCCAAAUGACGAUCUCAAAUUUUACGAAGGCCUCUUCAGUAUACAGAACGUUACGUCACAAAGCACAAUACCAUAUUCCAUACCAUCCCCAUCCUUGUCACCGAGAUCAAAUCCAAUCAACGUUGUGGUCGAUUUAAACCAUAAACACACAGAAGAUCCAGAGAAACAUGAAGAUACAAUAGACGGUGAAAAGUUUCAUUUCAGUGCACAGCUUGCACGUAAAAAGGAAAUUGCGAUGGCGAAGAUCCACGAUAGUCGGACCUUCAAGUUCAAUCAUCACCACCAUCAUCAGCAUUCGAAUUUCGCUUCACAAUUCCCCGUGUUCUCAAGAUUAUCUCCUGGACUGCAGGCAAAAUUCAAAAAGAUGGCACAGCGACGGCAAUCGGCACCUAGUAUUGUAAUCCGUGGAGUCUUAGGGCGAUCAAACAAACUACCAGCUUCAUUAUAUAAUGCAAGGGAUGAACUGCCCACAUCGCCCUACUCUCCCAAUGUUAACAGUCAGCGAUUGAGCCUGAAGUUCGGUAGCCAUGACGCGACCCUUAACCUAUCGAAGCGGAAGUACGUCAUGGAAGGAAAAGUUCAAUUGACCACUGGAAUGCAAACACAAGAUAGAUACAUGUUUCUGUUUACGGAUUUAUUACUAAUUGCUAAAGCUAAAUCUGGAAACAACUUCAAAUUGAAAUAUCGCAUCCGCGUAUGUGAGCUAUGGAUUGCGUCAUGUAUUGAUGACGUAACCGAAGUAGCCAAAUCACCAGAAAAAUCAUUUGUAAUAGGAUGGCCCACAGAAAACUUUGUCGCCACAUUCAGCUCGCCUGAAUCGAAAGAACUAUGGCUGAACGCCCUUCUAAAUAAAAUUCGCGAAGAAAAAGAGAAAGAGUCGCCUAAAACAACAGAUGUAAAAGUGAUAAACAGAGAUUCGUCAAACACAGCUCACGUACGAAUGGUGACUGUCUCCCACAAACAAACUGCAAAAGACGUAGCACAGUUAGCGAUAAAGGAAUUCAAUAUUGAGAACGAAGAUGACUAUCAGCUGUGGGUUACGCCACGAAAGGAAGGGACGGCCUAUCCAUUGAUUGGUCACGAGCUUCCACACGCCAUUCAACUCAGUCUGAUUCGUGACCUCAUAUCCGCUAACGGAAUUUUACCGGAAACGGAAAUUACGUCAGUGGCGAGAUACGAAAACGAAAUGCAACAAGAUGUCAGAAACAGAUGCCAGUUUAUUUUACGAAGCAAGCGAAUGCCUUCGAAUAAAUUUAAUAAUAUAGACAUGACGCAAAGACGACUGGUGCGACUCAAGGCAAAAACUGGAUUUUUAAACUGGACACGUAAACGAAACGGCCAGCGAAACGAGAGCUCCGACUCCGGUCACGCUUCUUUGAGUGGUAACUCUGCUGGGAGUGACGUCACUACCUACUUUUCGUCAUCUCCGCCAUCUACGUCACCACCUGCCUCACCAAAACUUUUUUCUUUGCCACUUGGACAAGUCUGCACCAACGGAGAACUGCCUACUCCGAUAGCGGAUAUGCUUGAUAUUCUUUAUCGUAAAGCACCUUACACCACCGGCAUAUUUCGAAAAUCGGCUAAUGCAAAAACAACCCGACAAUUGAAACACAAAUUAGAUGAAGAAGCUGACGUCACCAUUAGUGACGCAAGUAUAUACGUCAUCGCCGCCCUUGUUAAAGAUUUUUUACGCAACAUUCCGAACUCCGUCCUGGACAAUACUCUCUACACAGAUUGGACAAACGCUAUCGAAGAAGCAGACGACGAAGCGAAAUUGGGGUCGUUGAGGAGGUUACUUAGAAGUUUGGAUCAGUGUAAUCGAGUUCUCAUUCGCCGUCUUUCAAUCAUCUUGAAUCGUAUUGCGUCACGCGCGAAACGUAAUAAUAUGACGUCAUAUAACUUAGCAAUAUGUAUAGCACCGAGUUUACUAUGGCCGCCUGGCCCAGCGGUCAUGACAGAAGCACCCAUGAAGGUGACCGAAAUACUUAUGUUCUUGACGGACCGAUGUAGCGAAGUAUUCGAUGGAAUCGUACCCACAGAUUUAGACUGGCCGCCAGAAAUUGAAUUGAAAUCGGAAGGAGAAGAAGACGACGAAUAUGAAGGAGACAUUGAAAAAUACUCCAGUACCAUUGACGAAUGCCUUACUCCGGGGUCGGAUAUAGCGCCCUCGCGCGGAAACGAAGAAGAAAAAGUAGAUAACGAAGAGGACGAGAGUGACGUCAAUCAUUUUAGUAGGUCACGUGUCAUCAGAAGACAACUUCAGAGACGAAAACCUGGAUCAAAGGCUGAAGCGGCGCGUCUCCUCAGUCUUUCCCAAGAUAGCUUAGACAGAGUUCUGAAUGAAGAUUCUCUAACUUCGAAUUCUCAUGACAUGGAUGAUUUGCUUCUCAACCAGGAGGACUUUCAUCAGAAAAAUAACAAAACAAAACGGCGAGGUCAACAUCGCGGUACAGACGCUUGCUCCAUGAGCAACGAUUCUGGAUUUACUACUCUAAGCGGAGAAGAUGAGGAUCUUGCUUCAUCUUAUUAUAAUAAUCCAUCCAGGAGAACUCCGAAAGACUCUCACUUUUUACUAUCUUCCUCAUCUGCUGGAUCUAAUUUGAAUGAUUUCACUGAAACUCUUGAGGAAAAUAUUCGGAUUACAAGUGAAGAGCUAAAAAGACUAUGGUCUCCCAAUUUAUUGAGAAUCUCAAACGGAGAGAUUCUAGAGGGAGAUGAGUUUGACUCUGACUCCUUCAAACAUGGAGAAAUUUUAGAGGAAGAUCCUGACGAUAGUCCUCAACGUUUCAGAGAGUUUGCGAGAAGACAAUCUCAACCAGUUUUAUCAAGAAGGCAUCGACUGCAUGCGUCCUCAGUUGGUUCCAAGCAUUCUUAUCGACUUCCAGAAGCUACUGCAUCGCCGUGUAUCGAGUACACUGAAAGCAAUGACGAAAUCAAUGUUCCGUUCCGAAAACAACCCCCGACAUACGUCCGACUUAACGACGACAAGGACGGACAAAAUAGUGAAGUCAAGGAAGACAAUGUCGCUAAAGAAUAUUUAAGACAAUUACGAAAACUGAGUACUGAUGACGUCACAAAAACAAUUUCGAAAUCAAUGACGUCACAACAACAAGAAAAUGAAAAUAAGAAACAGUAUUUGAGUGGAGUUACCGUAACAGUUAAUGAUGUGAGGUCUAAUAAACCCCAACAAUUCCGACCCGUUACUUUGUCUUUGCGAGGAAUUUCUGAACCUGCAAAAAGCCCUCCUCCAAGGGACGCUACUUCUGCUACAUCAGACAAAAAUAUAUUUUUCAUAGGAGACCAGCCCAGAAAUAUUAGUCCUAUUGACGAACCGUUAAAUUCUAGCCACGAAGACGUAUUCAGUAAAAAUUAUGAAUACACGCCAGCACGGAAUAGGACUGCUUCUCUUGUGGACGAGUGUCCCAAAACUGCCCCAGUGAGGAGAAAAUUCAAUUCAGUUCGGGGGCAGGGUGGAAAAAAGUUGGAAUUAAACUUCCCUCUAACCCCCGAAUACGGAGACAUACCGACGGAACAGUGUUUGAGCCCCAUCCAAAAACUAACUGAAAAUCUAAAUAUGCUGCCGGAUUUUCGACAACACACCACUAAAAAUUGUAACGGUACUACAGAUAUGAACGGAUUCUCCGGACGAAAAAAGGCGUCUUCAGUACGAGAGGGUCGUAACGCCCCCAAACACAAUUACGAGUCGCAUUAUAUCAAAACAAGAAGCAAUUUAAAGCCUCGUGACGUCAUUUCAGGGGCUUCAAUCAAACCAUCGUCUUCCACGACGUCAAAAUCUUCCAUUUCGAGUGCUUCCAAAUCCAGUAUAGAGUCAAAUUCGAGGUCUUCCUUGAAGGAUAUUUCGUUUUCUCAGCCAACAGAAGACAAUACUUUUGAGAGAGACACUCGAACAAGAAAACCACACGGACGUAAAAGGAACAUUUCAUCUAAAAUGUAUCGAAACACAGAAGAAGGUACUUUCAGUAAAAGCCUACCUUCAGCGGAUUGGAAAGGAAUGAAAGAUAGGACAUCUCCUAUCGAAAAGAGGGAAUCGUCCAGAGAAUCUGUACGAAGUUUGAAUUCUAACAGCAGUGACGUCAUCUAUGGUGACGUCAUCAGCAGGUUACAUCAAGUUAGCCCCAAAUUAAAAGAAACAGACAUCAUACACAUGGCGGGAGCUGUGGAAUCGAAAAUUCGAGAACUUUCGUCGUCGCCAGUAGAAGAGAAAAAAGAAACUACCUCAACCCCUCAAUUUCAGGUCCGACUUGGAUCAGUCAAAUCGAAAAUCAACACUUUCAAUCAUAUGAACAGUUCUACCAAUCCUAGUCCAGUUUCACACAGUUCAAAUUCAUCAGACGACUCAAGACAUAGGAACAUUUCGUCUCCUUCUCCAGUAGCCGUUGCUAAGGUCGAAGUAGUCUCCGUUCAGCGGGCUUGUGACGUUCCGAAAAAGAAACAGGAAAACGAUAAUCGUAACGGACUAGUUGUUCGUACAACACCAGAAUCUGGAAUGAAAACGCCUCCGAGAUAUCCUACCCGCAUAAAAGAUUCAAUAUCGGUGCAGGUUCACCAGCCAGAAAAGAACGAAAAACAAUCCCACGCGGAUAAAUUAUCUCAGAGGAGAUCACCGCAAGCAGUCUCAGACAAUUUAAUAUUCAGUUUAUCAGAAUCUUUUGCAUUUGGAAAUAGAAAAACACCGAGAUCUAUAACGCCCAGUGGUUCACCAAAAGACAGUCCUGUGUUUAUGCGUAGGAGACGUACAGACAGUCGGACAGCUCGACAAACUUCAGGUUCACCGUCGGACAAAUCCGCCACGCCCUUCAGACAAACUCGACAUAUGAGCGUUGAACGUUGUUCAAGUCACAAUCCGAAUCGAACCAACGUCCAUGUCAUGCCCUGGUCCGCGAAGCGCAAAUCCGGUGACGCUAACUUGACGUCAGAAAGGACAAACGAACACAGGAGGUCAUUGAAAGGUCACCGAAAACCCCCGAUUUCACCCGUUUCUCCACAACGGGAUAAUAACUCGAACGAAAUACUACCCUUCAUGGGACUAGAAAAGGUUAUCCAUUCAGAAGAAUCAUACGUGUGAAUAAGUUGAAACUAUUUAUAUCAAGCUUGUGCCAUAGAUGUGCUGGUUCUAUUCCGCACGAUUGAUCAAUAUACACACUUAUAUAAAUACUGCCUUAUUGGUUGAUUUCCCAAAAUUGUUGCAAAAUCAUCGAUUUUUGACAUUUUUCCCGAAAAACCUUCCAUUUUUGCUAAUAGCAAAUUUAAUUUGAACAAAAUAGUCCAAAGACAGCACAGAAAUUUUCUAACAAUUUUGGAAUCACUUUGAAAUCUUGUUACAUAGUAUUUCUCUGACAGGGUACGCGAGUUUGCACUUCCAAUAAUUAUAUAAAUUUUUGACCGAUUUUACAUAUUUUGCGCGUGGUAUAAUAUUUUACAUUGUUCCUUUAUAUUUUUUGUGCUUCCCUUUUCUUCUUGUUUGUUUAUAUAUUUUACACAAUUUUUUUGCUCAUUUUUGAUAUUUUUUGGGGGAAAAUCAUGAAAUCCAUCAUAGUAUUAUUGCGUUGAAGAAAACAGUGUGAAUAUAUAAACGGUACUUUCUUUGUGACGUCAUCGUGACGAUAGACAAUGGAUGUGACGUCAUCAAAUUAUUCAACGCCCUAUCAAGUUUUUUUGAACUGCGUUAAUAUCGGAUUGUUCUGGGCAGAGAUGAGACAUAAAUGAAGCGUGCUCAAUUGUCUAAAUCUCAUCUUUGGCCAAAGAUAAUCUACGAUAAUUAUACAACAAAGUUGUGAUCUACGAAUAAAAAUUGAAAUGAUCUUG